UCGAGGAGGAGCUGUCUCUUUCCAAGGAGGAGAACAAGAGACUCCAGAAACUUCUGGACGCUGUUUUACAGCCUCAGCUUCGGAUACACAGAGCAGACGUCCAGCAGCUGGUGGUGGUUAAAGAAGAGGUUCUCCCUGACCAGCAGGAGUGGAGCUCCAGUCAGGACCAGGAGGACCCAGAGCCCCCCCCCACACAUUAAACAGGUACAGGAGGAAGUCAGGAUCAGUCAGGAGGUGGAGGAGGCUGAUAUCACCAAGUCCACUUUCACUCCUGACCCUGUGAAGAGUGAAGAUGAUAAAGAGAAACCUCAGUCCUCACAGCCUCAUCAAAGACAAACUGAACACAUGGAAACAGAAGCUGAUGGAGAUGACUGUCGAGGACCAGAACCAGCCAGGAACUCAGAUCCAGAGAGCAGUUUACAACCAAAGACUGAGGACGACACUGGAGACUCUUCUGAACCCGACACUGGAGACUCUUCUGAACCUGACACUGGAGACUCUUCUGAACCUGACGCUGAACACAGUGUUGAUUGGAAGGAGACCAGAGAACCUGCAUCAGGCUCAAACUCACUGAAAAAUAGACAUGAAUCUCUCAGUGAUCCACGAUGUAGUGCUGAAAAUAAACCAUUCAGCUGCUCAGUCUGUAAGAAAGCUUUUUCACUGAAUGGAAAUUUAAAGGCACACAUGAGAGUCCACACAGGAGAGAAAGCACACAGCUGCUCAGUCUGUAAGAAAGCUUUUUCACAUAGUGGAAGUUUAAAGAAACACAUGAGAGUCCACACAGGAGAGAAACCCUUUAGCUGCUCAGUUUGUACCAAAUCUUUUGCACAGAGUGGAAGUUUAAAUAUACACAUGAGAGUCCACACAGGAGAGAAACCCUUUAGCUGUACAGUCUGUAAGAAAGCUUUUUCACAUAGUGGAAGUUUAAAGGAACAUAUGAGAGUCCACACCGGAGAGAAACCACACAGCUGUACAGUCUGUAAGAAAGCUUUUUCACAGAGUGGACAUUUAAAGAAACACAUGAGAGUCCACACAGGAGAGGAAGAAUAGAGCUGCUAUGUUUGUGACAAAAGAUUGAAAUGGCAUAAUCGUUUCAAAAGACACAAGUGUGUUGGUCGUCAGCUGCUUCUGUAACUGUAUGGGAAUACAUUUGUCUAUUUUGUGUCCUGAUGACCUAAUGCCGUUACAUGUACUACGUUACUCCCUAAGCCUGAUUUCACCCACCUGCAACCGAUUCACUAAUAAUCACAAAUGUUCAUUUCUUUGACCCCUUGACUCGACAACUUUCUUGUUUAAUAAUCGUUACAUCUCCUCAGGACCAAGUUCCCGUGUCCUGUCUUUCACCUGCUGAUCACCCACUGCUCAUUUAACCUGUUAAGCCCGAAGGUCCCCGCCGGCGGGUACUUUAGUUAUUUUUUUCACGACACUGUGUCUCAGGGGAUCUUAAUAUUUAAGAACCUAUUAAUGUGUUAUACCAGAUUAACGGGAAUUAUCUCCGCUAACUGGAGAUAUAAACUAUUUUUACCAAAACAAAACACAAGUCUCAUAAGAAGCAUCUAAUGGCGCAUUUCCACUGCAACGGGUAGCCCCGUUUAAGCGUCCUUAACCGUCCUCAAGCGGCCAGGCCAGUUUU